AUGUCUCCUGAACGAAAAGGUGUUGCUUCGCUCCCAGAGGCUAUUGACCUCUCUCACCACUUAUCUGCACUCGCCAGAGCUCGGUCAGUCUCUCCGCUCAAGAAUUUGGCCAGAUAUUAUGGACGACCUGGAAUUAUAAGUCUCGCUGGAGGCUUGCCUAGCCCAGAGUAUUUCCCAUUUGACACCGUCAAAGCAGACAUCUUGAGCUCGGACAAAUUCGUCUCAACUCCUGACUCUCAUGGCAGCAGCAGUGGACCCCUAUCCUGGCUCCUCAGCCUUUUCUCCAGCGAAAGCGACAGCACCAUCCCCAUAAGCAUCCCCAAAUACCCUUCCACACCUACUGACCUCAACCUCGCCACCGCGCUCCAAUACGGCGUCGCCCGCGGCAUUCCGCAGCUGCAAUCCACCAUUGUCGCGUUCACCACGCGCGUCUUCCAGCCCGCGUACGCAGACGCGACCGUGCUCCUGCACGUCGGGAACACGGACGGGUGGUCCAAGGCCGUCACGACGCUGUGCAACCCGGGCGAGGGCGUGCUCGUCAGCGACUGGACGUACCCGUCCGCGCUGGAGACGAUGUACCCGCAGGGCGUGCGCGCGGUGCCGGUGCGCAUGGACGGGCAGGGGAUGAGCGCCACGGGCCUCCGCGAGGUGCUGGCGGGCUGGGACGCGGCCGCCCGCGGCAUGCCACGCCCGCAUGUAAUGUACAUCGUUCCUGUCGGACAGAACCCCACAGGCGCGACGAUGGGUGCUGAACGGAAGCAGGAGAUCUACAAUAUAUGUGUCGAGUUUGAUGUGAUCAUCGUCGAAGAUGAUCCGUACUACUUCCUGCAAGAGGGUCCGUAUGUUCACCCGACGCAGCGAUUCUCGACGUUCAAGCAGACCGACAUGAGCGACGACCAAUAUCUCGCCAGUCUCGCACCGAGCUUCUUGAAAUUCGACUAUCAAGGCCGUGUCGUCCGUUUGGAUACAUUCUCAAAGACGAUCGCGCCUGGCAGUCGCGCAGGCUGGUUCACUUGCAACCCCAUAUUCGCUGAACGCCUCGAGCGAGCAGCUGAAACGUCUUCCCAGGGGCCUUCUGGGUUCACCCAGGUUCUAAUCGGCAAGGUGCUGCAAACCUGGCAGGACAAAGGAUACAUCCAAUGGCUUAAAGGACUAGGUACCGAGUAUACCCGCAGACGCAACUUCUUCAUCGACACUCUGCUGGCCAAGUUCCAUCUCGAAGUCGUCCCCGCCGACUCGCCGCACAACCUCUUCCCAGGGACCGUCAGAUACAUCGCGUCCGCCAAGGGCGCGUACCUCGAUGAGAAACGCGGCUCGGGAGCAGCAGCGCGGAAACCUUUGUUCUCGUUCGUGCCUCCGACAUCUGGGAUGUUCAUCUGGCUUCAGCUUCAUCUCGAGGACCACCCGAAAUUCAAAGAUGUAGCUAAAGAAUCGCUCGAGAUGCAGUUAUGGGUGAAACUUGCGGAGGGCGGACUUCUCAUCGGUCCAGGCAACAUGUUCGCUGCCGACAAAACUGCGAGUACCGCCUCCUACCCGGGACAUUUCCGCAUAAGUUUCAGCAAUGCAGAUGACGCCGACCUCGUGAAAGCCAUAGACAUUUUUGCGGCCGUCAUCACAAAGUUCCACCAAGAUGUCUGA